AUGAUGCGAAUUGGGCUGGCUGUACAGAUACUCGUUGUUCGAUUACAGAUAGUUUGGCUACGAGGUCUCCUAGCGGAGCUUGGCUAUCCUCCGCUUGAACCUACUUUUCCUGAUGCUGACAACACUAGUGCCUUUCAAAUUGUUGUUAAUCCUAUAUUUCAUGAGUGCACUAAACACAUUGAAAUAGAUUGUCAUUCCAUCCGUGAGGCUUAUGAUAAUCGUAAGGGAGUCAUCUCCAGGAAUAACUCAACCUUUGAUAGAACAGAGAGAAAUAUCCAUAAAUAUCCAUUGCUUAUAAAUGAGAGCUUGUCGAUUGUAUCUAGCUUAAAAUGUUCCGAGCAGAUAUUUCAUGGCCCAUUUGACAUGGUUUUUGAGAAGUAA